AGUAACAUGUUAGCUCUCUGCAGCUCCAGCACAGAGCAGAGCUGAGAGAGGCUGCCUGCUCUCUGGAUCACAGAAACCAGCGAGGAGAAGAGGAGCUGAAGAUCAUCUCCUCUGUGCUGCAAAGCCGUAUCUCUGAGAGAGAGGAGGAGGAAGAUCGCUUUUAAAGCCGUCCUGGCUCACUCUGCCUCAGAGGAGGAGGAGGAGAGAAGAGCUGAGGAUGUGAGGGAGAGCAGAGGAGCACAAAAGUUGUCCGUCGUUUGCUCUGCUGUUCAGCCAUCCCAAAGCCGACCAAAGUUUUCCAAACGAGGAGGAGAAGAAAGAGGAGGCUGGCUCUUUAGGGAGAGGAGUCGUAGUUUGUUUUGAUCGGGUUCGGUCGGUCAGAAAGCAGGAGCAGCUCUUCAGAGACAGCUACCCAUGUGGCAGGAGGCUCUGUGGACCCGCGGACGCUACCUGCUAGAGAAGAACGAUGGCGGCGAGUGCACGGAGGGGCCUGAGAGCAUGGCAGACGGCUGCCCCGGGUUCCAGAGCGAGGUGUACGUUGAGGUGGAGAAGCCCCAGGACUGGCUGUACGAGUCCUACUACAGAAUGAGCCAGCAGCAUCCGCUCAUCGUGUUCCUGCUGCUGAUCGUCAUGGGAACCUGCCUCGCGCUGCUGGCGGUCUUCUUCGCCUCAGGACUGACUACUGAGGACCACCUGACGUUCUUGAUCACGGUUCCUGCUGCGCUCUUCCUUUUCCUGUCUAUCUUCAUCCUCGUCUGCAUCGAGUCUGUCUUCAAGCGGAUGCUCGGCCUCUUCUCUCUGCUUAUAUGGGCCUGUCUGGUCACCAUGGGUUACCUAUUCAUGUUUUCAGGAGGCAUCCUCAGCCCCUGGGACCAGGUCUCCUUUUUCCUCUUUAUUGUGUUUGUGGUCUACACCAUGCUGCCCUUCUCCAUGAAAGGGGCCAUUAUUGCCAGCGCCAUCACCUGCUCCUCACAUACCGUCACUCUGACCGUCUGCCUGGCUUUCACCGUUACAGAACUGGAACCUCUGGUCUGGCAGAUUUUAGCCAAUGUGAUUAUCUUCACCUGUGGCAACCUGGCCGGGGCUUACCACAAACACCUGAUGGACCUGGCACUCAAACAGACCUACCAGGACACCUGCAACUGCAUCAAGUCUCCCAUUAAACUUGAGUUUGAAAAGCACCAACAGGAGCGUCUGCUGUUAUCCUUACUGCCCGCUCACAUAGCCAGAGUGAUGAAAGCCGAGAUCAUCCAGCGUCUGCAGGGACCCAACUUUGGUCGAACUGAGAGCACCAACAACUUCCACAACCUCUACGUGCAACGGCACACCAAUGUCAGCAUCCUGUAUGCUGACAUCGUGGGCUUUACCAGGUUAGCCAGCGACUGCUCUCCAGGUGAACUGGUGCAUAUGUUGAAUGAACUCUUUGGCAAGUUUGACCAAAUUGCAAAGGAAAAUGAAUGUAUGAGAAUCAAGAUCCUUGGAGACUGCUACUACUGUGUCUCUGGUCUGCCCGAGUCGCUGCCUCACCAUGCCAGGAACUGCGUGAAGAUGGGCUUGGAUAUGUGUGAGGCCAUCAAGAAGGUCCGUGAUGCCACAGGAGUCGAUAUCAACAUGCGAGUUGGAGUUCAUUCUGGAAACGUCCUGUGUGGGGUGAUCGGCCUCAGGAAGUGGCAGUACGAUGUGUGGUCACAUGAUGUAACUCUAGCCAAUCAUAUGGAGGCAGGAGGUGUGCCAGGGAGGGUGCACAUCUCUUCAGUGACGUUAGAGCAUUUGAAGGGCUCGUAUAAAGUGGAACCUGGAAACGGGCAGAGCCGAGACUCUUACUUGAAAGAACAUGGAGUCGUCACCUACCUGGUCAUCAACCCCAAGACUGAGAGACACAGCCCUCUGCUGGGCCUGCGCUCACGUCCCUCUCUGGACGGCGGGAAGAUGAGGGCGUCUGUCAGGAUGACACGGUACCUGGAGUCCUGGGGUGCUGCCAAGCCGUUUGCCAACCUCCACCAUAGAGACAGCAUGACUACUGACAAUGGCAAGAUCAACACAACUGAUGUCCCGAUGGGGCAGUACCACUUUCAGAGACGGGAAAGGUCCAAAUCUCAGCGGAGGAGGUUUGAGGAGGAACUUAAUGAGCGAAUGAUUCGGACUAUCGAUGGCAUCAACUCACAGAAACAGUGGCUGAAGUCUGAAGACAUCCAGAGGAUCUCAUUGUUCUUUCACAACAAAGCUCUAGAGAAAGAGUACAGAUCUACAACAUUACCAGCCUUCAAGUACUAUGUCACCUGUGCAUGCCUCAUAUUCUGCUGUAUAUUCAUAGUGCAAGUCCUCGUACUGCCCAAAACUGCUGUGCUGGGGAUCUCCUUCGGCCUUGCGUUUCUGCUGUUGGCUCUGAUCCUGCUCCUGUGCUUCGCCGGUCAUAUUCUGCAGGGUAGAAAGGGCUCCUUCUGCUCUCUAACCUGGUUCCCCACUUCCUCCCGCAUCAUCGUCACCAACAAUCCUUGGCUGCGAUUGGUCCUCACCAUGACAACCACCGCUCUCAUACUGGUGAUGGCGGUCUUCAAUAUGUUCUUUGUGGAGGAUCCAGGAGGAUCCAUGGAGGAGGUGCAGACAGCAUCUCCACUUGUGAAUCUAACCAACCAAACCCUGCUGGAUGAUGUGGAGGAAAACAUGGGAGAAACCAAGUUCUAUCUGCCAUACUUCAUCUACUGCUGCAUCCUGGGCCUGGUGUCGUGCUCGGUGUUCCUGAGGAUAAACUAUGAGCUGAAGAUGGUUGUGAUGCUGGUUGCUGUUGUGAUUUACAACGUUGUCAUUCUCCAGACGCAUGCCUCUCUGUUGGACGGGUUUAGCAAAGCGCUGUACCAAAAAAACACUCUAGAAAGGCCAGGAGUGCUGAAGGACCUAAAGACGAUGGGCUCUGUGUCUCUCUUCAUCUUCUUCGUCACUCUGCUGGUGUUAGCGAGACAGAAUGAAUAUUACUGCAGGCUGGACUUCCUGUGGAGGGACAAGUUCAAGAGAGAGUGUGAGGAGAUUGAGACGAUGGAGAACCUUAACCGAGUUCUGCUGGAGAAUGUUUUACCAGCCCACGUUGCUGAACACUUCCUGGGACGGAACUGGAAAAAUGAGGAUCUUUACCAUCAGUCGUACGAGUCGGUGUGUGUGAUGUUCGCCUCCAUCCCAGACUUCAAAGAGUUUUAUACUGAGUCUGAUGUCAACAAGGAAGGACUGGAGUGCCUCCGUCUUCUCAACGAGAUCAUAGCUGAUUUUGAUGAGCUGCUCUCCAAACCGAAGUUCAGCGGCGUGGAGAAGAUAAAGACCAUCGGAAGCACCUACAUGGCUGCAACUGGACUCAAUGUGACACCAGGACUGGAGUGUACACAGGCAUGGGUUUACCCCGACGAACAUGACAGACAGUACAUGCACAUUGGAACCAUGGUGGAAUUUGCCUUUGCUCUUGUGGGGAAGCUAGAAGUUAUCAACAAACACUCCUUCAACGACUUCAGACUGAGAAUUGGCAUAAACCAUGGGCCAGUGAUUGCAGGAGUUAUUGGAGCCCAGAAACCUCAGUACGACAUCUGGGGGAACAGUGUGAAUGUGGCCAGCAGGAUGGAGACCACGGGGGUCCUGGGAAAAAUACAGGUAACAGAGGAGACGAGCCAAAUUUUAGGGACUCUAGGGUACAUGUGUUCCUGUCGGGGUAUCAUCAACGUGAAGGGCAAAGGAGACCUGAAGACUUUCUUUGUUCACACAGAGAUGACCCGAUCUCUGUCACAGGGGACUGUGAUGCCUUGAACAUGCCGCGGUAACUACCUGAGAGGACUUGAGAACACAAACGUGGCUGUGGAAGUGAUGUGUCAUGCUCUGUAACUAACAUCCAUUACCAGAGGCCCACAGUUCAGAGGAUAAACAUUAGCGACCCACUGUAGAGCAGCAGUGCUGCGGAGCGCCGCCACGGUUCUGCAGUGGAUGCUUUUUAAGUGUAACAAAGAACUUUGCUCUGUGGAGUCUCUUCAGGAGUGCCUGACUUAGUAGAGGUUUGCUACAUUAGUGCAGCUCUCAUGGACCUCAGUCAGCCGUCUGUACAGCAGUAGUGGUGUGGAGCUAAUUAGCCAUGCCAGUGUUGCAGCGCUUCAGAGCCUUAUACAUGAGCAAACUGAGCUGCCUGCCGAGCUGUGCUUUUUUGUAUCUGCCUGGUUGGCACUGUGCACCGGUUUGUUCCAUUUUAUUCCAAACGGAUGCUACAAUAGUUUCUUGUCUUAUAGAGCCGUUGAUGCCAACGAGUCGCCAGUGUGGUGGGUAGUUUUCCAAAACCUGUGAAUUGUAUUUAUAGCUGUAGGGCUGUGUUUGUGUCCCACUGAAGAGGAGGAAAACUCAGGCACAGGAUCCAAGAGGAAAAUAGAAGUUUCUUUUUAUAAUUUAUCUGGAAGCAUACCAACAGCUAUGGGUGUCAUUGUUCACUGCCAUCUUUUGUUAUUCAUUAAAGUUUGUACA